AUGCAAUUCACCAUCGCCAAGGUCCUCUCCCUCGCCCUCGCCCUCGCGGCCAGCGCGUCCGCCGGAUCCGUCGCCAACUCCAAGGCCCUGAAGGACAUUUCCGCCGGCAAGUGCGACGUCGGCAACAUCUCCUGCUGCAACCCGUCCAGCUCCGUCAAGACGGACGGAGUACUGAACAACCUGCUCGGCGGCGGGCUGGUCAAGAGCCUGGUUGGCGACAGCGGGUCCGCCUGCGCCGAGACCAGCCUGAUUGAUGAGCUUGGCAUCCUGUCUCUGGUGAAGGACUCCGACAAUGGCCCCGUGUGCCAGAACAUUAUUGCUUGCUGCCCGGGUGAGGGUAACACUUGCGUUGCUAUCGGCGAUGGCUCGGAGUCUGAUGACAAGGAGUAAAUCCGUUCGUGUCUGUAUCUGAGGAUAUGGCUAUGGGUAUGGAUACGGAUACACGUCUGGCUGAAUAGCUGCGUGAAAAGAGAGUGGUAGUGUUGGGCUUGUUUCGAUUGCUUUAUUCUAGAUCUGGUGUGUUGUGUGGGGACUGUUCCAGGCCAGCUUGUCCGAGUAUAUGGCGGAUGGGCUGGGGUGGGAUGGGUCCUCUGUUGUAUGGUG